AUGUCGAGAAGCUCAAGCGCAUGCCAACAAGGGAGUCCCUGGACAUGGCACUCUGUGAUGAUGCGACUAUCCCGAUUGAGCGUGUUCACUUGGAUGCCUUCCAGGACGCACGACUUCGGGGAUACGUCUGAUCAAAGCGGCGGGGCGGAACAAGAUUGCGUCGAGCUUGAGCGCUCGUGUUCGAGACGAUCUGGAAGCGUAUGUUGUCCAUAG